AGGGGAAAAAAAAACCAACAGAGGCAAUACCCGAUCAAAAUACUCGUACUAAUAUACCUCCAUCGAAGAAGAAGAAGGAAGAGGAGAUCCAUAAUAGAUGAAAGGCAGAGCGAAGUUCCCCAGAACCAAGUUUGGGCCACCCACUGCUUUCCUCCUCUGCUUCCUUUCCUUCCUCGCUGGAUUCUUUUUCUCUAAUCUCCUCUCCCAGGAUGUCCCGGGAGUACGGCCCGGCUCGAGAGUUCUUGAAUCGGUCGGAAACGACGGCGGCGGUGAUUUGAUGCCGUUCGGAGAGACUGGAGAUAGUUCUUUUCAAGUGAUUCCGUUUCAGGUAUUAAGCUGGAAACCACGAGCUCUUUACUUUCCAGGAUUUGCAACUGCCGAACAAUGCCAGAGCAUAAUUGAGAUGGCAAAAUCCAAUCUCAUGCCUUCGACCUUGGCCUUGCGGAAGGGAGAAACUGAUGAGAGCACAAAGGGAACUAGAACAAGUUCAGGCACCUUCAUCAGUGCAUCCGAAGACAAGACAGGAAUCUUGGAUGCCAUUGAGCAAAAGAUUGCUAGGGCUACAAUGCUACCAACAACCCAUGGUGAGGCAUUCAAUAUUUUGCGGUAUAACAUAGGCCAGAAGUAUGAUUCUCACUACGACGCAUUCAACCCAGCAGAAUAUGGCCCACAAAAGAGCCAAAGGCAAAUGUCCAUGCUAGCCUCGCCUUCUUCUUUCAACUGUUGCAAGUUGAUAGGCUUUACAUUAAGAGGAACUGAGGAAGCUAGCCUUGCCUUCUGCUUUUUUCAUCAGACACUUUUACAUUCUAUUGCUUCUUUCUUACUGUACCUAUCUGAUGUGGAUGAGGGUGGUGAAACUAUGUUUCCUUUUGAGAAUGGGGAAAAGAUAGAUAUGGGUUUUGAUUACAGAAAGUGCACUGGUUUAAAAGUGAAGCCCCGGCGUGGGGACGGAUUACUGUUCUAUUCAGUGUUUCCAAACGGCACAAUUGAUCAGUUGUCUCUCCAUGGAAGCUGUCCAGUGAUCAAAGGGGAGAAAUGGGUUGCAACAAAGUGGAUUAGAGAUCAAGUAGAAGAGGACUAAUUUCAAUUUUGAAUUUUUGACCUUGACGCUUGAUUCGUCACCAUUGUAUUUUCAUCAGUCAAACAUCAUAUUGUCCUCCUUUCAGGAACAGGUGGUUAUUUACACAUUCUGACUUCAGAGAAAAUAUAUCUUCUGUACCACUGUUCUUGGGUAUGGUAGUUAAUUCGAUCUUUUGGAUGGUUGAAAAUUCCUCAUUUAUUGGUGUUCAUUCUCAUUGUAAAGCUUGCCAUUUUUGUGGAAGAAUGUGGUGUGUCGUUUUGGGGAUUACUGCAAUUUGGUGAAAUCCUCAAUUCUGCAUUACACAUACCAACAUAUUUGAUGCAAAUACAAUACUCUGGUACAAUUGCCCAGUGUUAUUUAUUUGCUAUUCUUCACCAACAGGCGAAUGACAUGCUAAUAC